AUGAUACACCAUCAAGGCCGAGUCUCGAUUAUAGGUGCUGGAACCCUUGGUGGUACCAUUGCCUACAGUUUACUUCUAACUAAUAUCGCUAAAGAAAUACUACUCAUUGAUCUUUCUGAAAAUAUUGUUCAAGGCCAAGCGCUAGACCUACAAGAAGCGAUAUCAUUAGGCAGCGAUUUGCAUCAAAGGCCUGCAACCACAAGCGUCGAGGAUAUCCAUCAUAUCAAUGAGGAUAACAUACCCACCAUUGCUGCAACCAGCAUCCGUGCUGGCACAUUUAAAGAAGCAGGGCAGUCCACUCUCGUCAUCUUCACUGCAGAUAUCACAGAACCAAAUAUCCCAUGUCCAUCUUCUUUUUCUUCUUCUCCUUCUUCAUCUCCUAGUUUGGACAAGAAAGAAGAAGAUGAGAAAAAACAACAACAACAACAGCAAGAGUGGCUUUGCAAAAGCCGAGAAUUGUUGCUAAGUGUAGCCUCCUGCAUGUCGCCUGUGCAUCCUGAUAUCCUGAUACUAGUUACCAGCAAUCCAGUUGAUUUAUACGUGCAAUCUUUGCAGAGUUAUUUUCCGCAUGUGAAUCCGAAGCGCAUAUUUGGUGUUGGACACAGCACAUUUGCCACAAGGAGGUUUCGACGAUGGCUCAUAGACCAACAAAGAAUUUUACAACAAAGCGAAUCACAGGAACAGCCAGUGCUGCUGCAGCGACCAAAGGACACACUCAGGUCAUCCUCCUCUGUUCCAACGCAAACAUCUGGAGACACUACUGACCUUCAUGACAAAAACAAUAGCCAUAGAGACCGAAUAGUCAACCCGCAAGAGCCUUUGGAGGCAGCAGAUGAUAUCCCAGAGGAUGUGAGAGUGUUGCUCAGUAAUGACAGCGAUGUGACCGAUGCCUAUGUUCUCGGUUCCCGCCUGCAACCCUUUCUUCUCUGGAACCAUGCCAAAAUAAAAGGAGUUCCUUUGCCUGCCAUUCAGGCCCUUAAUUACCCCCAAUCUUCUGCUUAUACUAUGGCUCAGAGCUUGACAUCUAUUCACCGGUGGAAACUGAUUUGUCGACGAAAAGGCCAAGCUGCUUUUACCAUGGCAGCCAUAGUGACACGCUUAACCCAUGAUUUGCUGUUUCAUAUGCCUUUCAAUCGGUCGCGUCAGAAUAGCAUUGCUUCAACAUUAUCUUUAACAUUGACCUCUUCGGCAGCAGCUACGAGAGCGAUGACACGACCUUCAUCCAUGAAUAUAACAGCAAGCACUCCAGCAACGUCAUCGUCCUCCACAGCAAAUUCAUUCGAAAAGCAGCAAGAAAAACAGAAAACGCAGAAAAGGCUUCAGACAGCUUUAGCGAAAGCGAACGAAAGUAGAUACUGGGUGCUGUCUGUGUAUGUGCCAAAAUAUGAUUGUUGCAUGUCAUGGCCUGUUUAUGUGGGUGCUUCAGGUAUAGAAAAAUGGGUAGAUGUACAGUUAACAAAAGAAGAAAAUGAACAGGUUGUAAAAGUGGUGGAGGUCAAUUGGAAAGAAUUCCAGAUGAGUUUUGGUGAAGAAACAUAUUAA